GUAGCAAUUGCUGCCAUCAAGACCAACCGAUCCCUCCAGUUUGUUGACUGGUGUCCAACAGGCUUCAAGGUUGGGAUCAACUAUCAGCCUCCUACAGUUACACCAGGAGGAGACCUAGCCCAGGUUGAGCGAGCAGUCUGCAUGCUGAGCAACACCACGGCCAUUGCAGAUGCCUGGGCAAGGCUUGACCACAAGUUUGAUCUUAUGUAUGCCAAGAGAGCUUUUGUGCACUGGUAUGUUAGUGAAGGCAUGGAGGAAGGAGAAUUCGCAGAGGCCCGAGAAGACCUGUCUGCCCUGGAGAAGGACUAUGAAGAAGUGGGAACUGACUCAUUUGAAGAAAAUGAGGGAGAGGAAUCUUAA